AUGUUCCUCAAAACAAAUGUAAUCACUCCUACCUCUUCAGAACUAGAAUCUGGGGGCCAUGGGGGAGGGAGAGCUUUCUUUCUAUUUUCAUCUUCAGUUUUAGAUCUUUCUGGUACAACAGAUAUACUGGUCAUAAGCUUUGGAGAACUAACUCUUGCUUCACCUGAUUACUGCUCUAACAUGUAUAAUUCGAUAGUUAAAGUCUCAUAUAAACUUCCAAGAAGAUUUGAAGUAGCACCUAUGCUAGGUCGAUGCCCACCAGAAUAUUCAGGGGCCUGUGUGCUGCCAGUGCUGUUGGUGAACACUCACGAAGUUGCUAUCAUGGAAAUAGUAGUAAUAGUGAGAAUGGAUAGCUGCAAGAAUAAGAUAUGCCCAACUGAAGCUUGUCACUGGCAAAGACCUGAAGAUGAUACUUCCAUUCCCAGCAAUAAGUCUGCAGCCAGCAACGGUCUAUUUCCUAGUGUCACCAACCACUUUUUCUGUGACCUCCCUCACCUGCUGGAACUUUCGUGCUCCAACACCCACGUCAGCGAGACUGUACUACUACUGUUUGCAGUCUUCCUAGGUGUAUUCACAUCACUAGAAAUCAUUCUCUAUUAUAUAUUCAUCCUUGACACCAUUUUGAGCACUGGCUCUGCUGAAGGGAGAUGCAAAGCUUUUUCUACCUGCACCUCCCACCUGGCAGCUGUGACUAUUUUCUACUGGACCACGGUCUUCAUGUAUAUGUGGCUGAGCUCCAGCUACUCCCUGGACUUGGACAAAGUGACCUCUGUGUUCUAUACAGUGGUAAUCCCCAUGUUGAAUCCCAUGAUCUACAGCCUGAGAAAUAAUGAGUUAUUGGAGAGCUGCAAGGUGAUAGAGGGUACUUUAAUGCCCCUUACACAAGCCCUGGUGGAGAAGAUUCACCUUUUAAACAGGGGGCUAGACAAAGAAAAUCCUUCAUAA